UGUUUAAUACACAUGUAUGAUAGUUGUAAAUUAAUGGAUGUUUACCUGUCGGGGGGAAUGAUUAUGUUAAGCAAGCAAAAAGCGGGUGAUUUCACAUUUAGAAAGCUUUUCCUUUUUUACUUUCAAAAUUCCUAGUGUUUCCAACGAACUGUCAUGCGGAAAACGAUAGUGAAAGUUGAAUGAAGUGAAUUAAGGGACAAUGUCGAAGAGUGCGAAAAAUUUUUGCUCAUAUGGACCAUGUAGUCCAAUGCUUACUGAUUUAUAUCAAAUCACUAUGGUAUACGGUUAUUGGAAAAGCGGGAAACAAAACGAUAAAGCUACUUUUGAUCUGUUCUUCAGAAAGAAUCCGUUUGAUGGUGAAUUUACAAUAUUUGCUGGACUUCACGAAUGCUUGAAAUAUGUCGAGAACUUCGAGAUAACUGAUGAAGACAUUGCUUAUCUGAGGAAUGUCUUUCCUAAAACAACAGAGGAAGAGUUUUACACAUUCUUCAAACAGCUAAACACAUCAAAUGUCACCAUUUCAUCAAUUAAGGAAGGCUCUGUAGUUUUUCCUAGAGAGCCAAUGAUUGUUGUCUCUGGACCUCUAGCAGUUACCCAACUUAUGGAAACUACUUUGCUGAAUUUGGUAAACUAUGCCAGUUUAGUUGCAACAAAUGCAGCAAGAUUUCGAUUGGCAGCAGGCCAAGACAAGACAUUACUUGAGUUUGGGCUUCGUAGGGCACAAGGGCCUAAUGGUGGAUUGUCUGCAUCAAAAUAUGCCUAUGUUGGAGGUUUUGAUGGUACAAGCAAUGUUAUGGCGGGAAUGCUGUAUGGUGUACCAAUAAAAGGCACCCAUGCACAUUCUUUUGUUUCCUCGUUUAAUGCCAGUGAAGAGAGCGUUAUAGGGCAACUACAACCUUCUGAUGAAACAAAACCACCACAGGAUUUUUAUCCAGAAGUUGUUAAAUGGCUAAAAGAAUUAGCACCUCUUUUGAAAGUUGUUGAAUCAGAAACAAAUGUUGGGGAACUUGUUGGUUUUAGUGCUUAUGCUGUUGCAUUUCCAAAGAAAUUUCUUGCUUUAGUUGAUACAUACAAUGUGUUGAGGAGUGGAUUGCCAAAUUUUUGUGCUGUUGCAUUAGCUCUCAAUGAGUUUGGAUAUAAAGCGAUAGGAAUUCGUUUAGAUUCAGGAGAUCUAGCAUAUCUAUCACGCGAAGUGCGCAAGAUAUUUAAACUUGUAGCUGAUAGAUUUAACGUGAAAUGGUUUGCCAGUGCGACCAUAGUCGCCAGUAACGACAUCAAAGAAGACACUCUUCUUUCAUUGAAUCAACAGGGACAUAGCAUUGAUGCUUUUGGUAUAGGAACACAUCUAGUAACAUGUCAGAAACAACCUGCCCUUGGUUGUGUUUUUAAAUUGAUUGAAAUUUCUGGUAGUCCUCGAAUGAAGUUAAGUGAAGAUGUGGCGAAGGUGUCAAUUCCCGGGGAAAAAAAUCUUUAUCGCUUGUAUGGACAUGACGGUAAAGCUCUCGUAGAUUUAAUGACAAGAAGCACAGAAGAUGCGCCGAAGGUUGGCUCUCGAAUUUUAUGUCGUCAUCCUGUUUUUGAGAACAAGCGAGCUUGGGUGUCACCUUCAAGAAUUGAGAAAUUGUAUAAAAUUUACUGGAAAGAUGGAAAGCUACAAGAAUCUGUUGCAUCUAUAGAGGAUUGUAAAUCACAUGUUGUGCAUUCUUUAAAAAAUUUUCGAACAGAUCAUUUAAGAUCGCUAAAUCCAACACCAUACAAGGUUUCUAUAACGGAUAGUUUGUAUGUAUUUAUGCACAAUCUUUGGCUAGACAGCGCACCUAUUGGAGAACUAUCGUAAAUGUAAGUUGCUUACUCCAAGUGUAGGUAGUAAAUUUAAUUUCAAAUGAACUAGUUACUAGUUACUAACGUAUUUUUAUGGUAAAUUAAUCGAGGUUUAGCUAAUUAAUGAUAGGACCUUAUGGAUUUAAUUUCCAAUUUAAAUUUCAUUCUUUUUCAUAAAAUUUCCGAAUAAUUUCAUUCGUAACCUCAAUUGCUAAUCAUUAAAAAAUAUACAAUGAAUAUUGAUGGGUAAUGUAAAUUUUCUCUGAGAUUUUUCCUGAUAAAUUUAACCGGUCACCGAAAUAGUUUUUAAAACAGAAAUAAUUAAUCUUUUUUUAAUUAAAUUCCGUUCAAGCUUUAUGAACGAAAAUAAAAAUAUCUGAAAGCACAGGUAUGAAUUUACAGUACUGUAUGUCUGGAAGUAGUUUUCACGACAAAUAUCAGAACUUUGUAACGGAAGUGGACAAGCUUAUCAAUUUCCGUGGAAACUGAUACGGGGAAGUACCGACUUUCGAAAACACUAAUUAAUCUAUUUCUUGGAAAAUGAAAGCAUGUUUUGGUUAAAAUGAUUGUUGGAAAAAGGCCGUAUUUCAGUUUGAUGCAAACGUAGGUGAGAACUUAUUUAUAUUGGCGUUUGUCGUUUUUAAGUUGAUCAAAUCCUUGUCGUGAACAAAUAUCAAACAUGUCUGUUAUUGAAGAAACGCAACACGAACGCUCUUCCGCUUUUGAAGAAAAUGAACAGGCUAGUGGUGACAAAACACUAUUGUCAACAUCCUUAGAAUACUUGGUAAAAGAUAAAAGAAAUCGUCAACGUGGCUGCUGUAGUUAUACAACAAGAAGAUAUAUUAGUGUAACAUAUGUCGCUUGUCUUUUUGUAUCUGCUGUUAUUUUCGUAGUCGCUGCCGAAGUUAAAACAGAUGAAGACGGGCUACGGGUCGGACAUGGACCCGUUUACCGAUAUCUUGUCGUGAUUUUGUUUAUUUCUAUUGUUUGGAUGGCUUCAUUUAUUAUAUUUAGCUCAAAAUAUUUUCAACGAAAGCAUCAAUGGAAAUGGUUAGAUACUCAUGUUGAAUCUCAUGUACAACUUGUACCAACACGAUUACUCAUUGGUGUGAUGUUCUUUGGCCUUGGCAGCUCCUUCAUAUCCAUGGUCGAGUUGCUUGAGAAUAUCGCAAAAUACGACUGUCCAAAAAAGGAUUUAAGUAUGUUAUUAUAUUAUGUUGUACGUACCAUAUUCAUCUAUACUCAGUUGUAUUUUCUCUAUAAACUGUCAAGUCAUUCCGAGAAAGUGUUGAUAUUUGGCCAUUUGCUAAUGAUGCAUUUAAUUGCUGUGAACUUGGGUACAUGGAUCGUCACAUUUAUUUAUGACAGUGCCGAAGAACUAAGUGCAAAUAAGAAAGCUCACUUGUCUCCUAUCAAAAACUCUACCAUUCAAUUUAUGUCAGACCAUUGGGAUGUCGCUAUGAAUCAUACAAAUUUAACAAGCUGUUUGAAGAAUGUAGAGGCUUUGGAAAACACGGCAAAAAAAAUGCAACCUUAUUUAUAUACUUUUACAAUGGAAUAUUGUCUGAUAUCUGCUGGUUUGUUAUUGAAUGCAUGGUUAUCUCUUAAGGGAAAUGACAAUGGUCAUGAUGAGCACAAGAAUAGAGAGAGAAGGGAGACUUCUGAUUCUCAUUCUAGUUUAAGCUGGGAUGAUACAGGUUAUAGAAGUAUCAGUGGUGAAAGACAAAGAAAAGAUGGUCACCUGAGAGGAAAGUCAAAAUCUAACAUAGAAGAAGAAAUUGGUAGCGAAGAAACUUGGGAUGAGAUUGAAAUACCAGAGAUUAUGACUGAACAGGGUACUCUGUGGCGUUUUGGAUUUAUUCUUGGGUUAGUUUAUAUACCUGUAUUUACAGGUGUAGUUGUUAAUCUUUUGUAUUCAGAUGAUGAAGUAUGUGAUGGUCUGAUUUAUGUGGGAAUGCAGUUUUUUUUCUUUCUGUCUGUUUUUGUUGCAUCUUUUAUUGGCAUUUAUGAAGUUAAUAAUCAACAGCAAGCUGGAGAGACCCACACAAAUGUUGAUUUCAUACUUCUGGCUAUCUCUUUAGUUGGUGUAUUUUUUCUUGACUUUUUAAUUAUUCUGGCCAGCAUUUGCGAAGCAAGUGAGAACACAAAAAUGGCAAUUUUUCUGAUUGUUACCAAUGCUAUGGAGGUUUUUGCAUCCAUAGCUUUUACUGUGUUUGUUCGCAAAGCCUUACAGCACUAUUUUGUUUGUGAAAGAAGCAAUCAAGAUGUAACAAAGUCUGCAGCACGAAUUCGGGAGGUUGUCUCAUUUCUAUUUGUAUUAAACAUUUGUUUCUGGGGAUUGUAUACUUUUGAAGUGAAAAAGUCUCAUAAAGUUUUACAAAUUGCAGAAGAAUUCUAUACUGAGAAAGUUUGGUUUUAUCUUUCCCACAUUGUCUAUCCAGUGGCAGUUUUCUUUCAUUUUCAUGGUGCUGUGUGCAUGGUUGAAAUUCUCAACCAUUACAGUAUUAGUAAAACCAUAAAGUCAUCACUGUCUAGUUCAAGUAGAGAAAUGUCUUAUUAACCAUGAACAAGGAAAAACUUGAAUGACGUCUCGGUGACGUCAUUUUCGACAAAGUACAAAUCUUAAUACACCUGCAAAUCAUUAAUACAAUAUUGAAAAGCAUUUUUUAAGUGACAGAUCAUGGUUUUGUAAUAUAGAGUUUUAUAAUUAAGAAUGAUUGUAUAGUCUAGUUAUGUAAAUGCUAGUUGAUUAUUUUUCACACCCAAUGACGUUACGAGUUCGACGUCAUUCGAGAUUUACCUCACGAGAUCCAGAUCCAGUUUGAGGAUAAUGUUAUCUAAAUUAUGAAGUCCAAAUCCUACUUUGAGAAUCACUGUACCAAUUUCAAGCUCGUAAAUCCACAUCGUGGUUUUCAAGUCAAAAUGGACUCCAAAUCGCGGACUCUUCCUUUCAUGACAAUUUUUGUGCAUGCAUGUAUGAACUCAAAGUAGUUGUUGCUUAAAUUUCAAAGUAAGUAAAUUGGCUGUAUUUCUAGUUGAAUAUGAGAAAUAUAUUGAAAACCUGUUGAA